AACGGUAUCCAAGGCAAAGGUAGCAGUUGCCAAGGAGCUGCUCCAGAAUCCAACCGCUACGUCACUCCUCCGCUACCACGUACCAGCGUGACCUUGACAUUGUUCCGUACCAUCGAUUUUUAUGUACAAUCUAUCAGCUCGUACGCCGUUGUACAAGGUAUCCUUGUGGGAGAUGGAGAUCGUCUGGUAGAAUAUAGAAUAUAUGCAGUGAAAUCCCCAUCUUCAGCUUGAACUGACGGGCACAGGAUCAUCGCCAGGCGUUGACUGACUGGAACCGGUGACCCUAGCGACAACAACGGUCGUUUUGUGCUGUCAGUGAUUUUACGUGCUGAUUCUUCUCAACGGGAAACUGAUCCAUAUUUUCCAGAUCAAGACACACUAUGUCAGCGCUAGAGGCGUCACCUCCACAGGCCGAGAAGGAGAGCGAGCACAACACUAUCCUUAUAGCUGUUGACAAGAGCACGCAUUCCGAUUAUGCAUUCGACUAUUACAUGAGCAACAUCCACCGACCAGAGGACACCAUCCUUCUGAUCCACUGUUUCGAGGCGCAUCAAGUGGCAGCACAGAUGUCUGGCGGAGGACUUGGGCCAUCGGCCCUCGGACCACUCCCUGCUGACCACUACAAGGGCCUGGUUGAAGAACAGAAGAGUAACAUGAAAAACCUUGAGCAUCAUUACCAAGAGAAGAUGAGGAAACAGGACUUUCCAGUUAAACACAAAUUCCACGUGAUCGAGCACGGAAAUUCGCCCGGAAGUUCCAUCGUUCUCGCAGCAGAAUCUGCCAAAGCUUCCUUGAUUGUCAUGGGAACGCGUGGCCUUGACCUCCUCCGCCGAACUAUCCUAGGGUCAGUGAGUGACUACGUGGUGCACCACGCAGGGACACCCGUGUUGAUUUGCCAUGACUACAGACACGAGAAAAAACACAAACAUUAAUGAAUGAGAUAGUAGUCUGUAUGUGUAUUAUUUGUGCAUGUACUAGCGGUACGAUUGAAGUUAAACUACAAGGUUAUACAUGUACAUGUAUUUUGGUCGAUAGAUUUCACCAUUAAAUAACUCAGAAUAAUCUAAAAGUCAACCGUCGUGCGGAAACAGCUUGGCAUAACAUAAACAUCAAGUACUGGUGAAAGAAGUGUAAUCUUUUCUUAUGGGUGUGAUACAAAUUGUUGCACUUAGAGGCAGUCAUAAAUAUGACAUGACGAAGUUGGUUGACUGAAGUUGUUAAUGUGCCAUUAAAUAUUGUUUUCUAUAGUA